AUGUAUUCGUUCGAGGGUGACUUUAGACGAAAGCCUCAACAGAAUCUAGCCGGUGCUAGUGCUCAGCGGAAGACUGAUAGAGAUGGACUUAUACAUCAAUCACAGCUACAGCGACAGAAACGUGAGGAACACCGUAGAAGACUAAUCAGUACGAUAAAAAUUCAAGCUUAUGUAAGAAGUUACCUGACUAGAAAGCAUUGUAAACAAAAUGAAAGGCAAAGCUUUGAUAACCUUUUCUCACAAAUAGCUAACUUAGAUCAAGCAAUACUGUCGGUUCUAGUUGGCAAAAUACUGUUUUUUUAUGACCACAAAACAGACAGUAAUAGAUUGGUUGCCAUAUCUCAGAUUUUGCUAAAACAAUGGCAAAAUGUAUUCCUAAGUGACAGUUCAUCUAUUCAGUUAAGGAGGUUACUAUCAUUGCAUUUACAAUUGUUAAGGGAUGAUUCAGAGGUACCACUGGCUGUUCCUCUGAGGAUGUUUGAAGUGUUCACAUCAACUAACUCAGUCAGUAAAGUAAUGAAGCAGGAGGAUGCUAUUAAUAUUGUUGGACGUACAUUUUUAUAUCUUGUUAAAAGAGGUUACUUCGUAGAACUACGGCAAUUAAUAUCUAGAAGAACACCUCCCCUUUACGGCCCUUCUCCGAAUCCACCAACACCUCUAUGCGGAGCUUUAUUGGAUUUAAUGCAGAGACCACUAUGUUUGACUAGUCGAGUAAAUGUACCUGAAUAUGAUGAUAUAAUUAUGACAGAAUUCACCUCAGCAUUCCUCUGCAAUCCAUAUCCCGAGCCAGUGGAAAUGUUCAUAUUACCAGCUCUGGCUAGUGACGUCAGUAAACGUUUUCCAUUUGUUGCUUUAAUACAUUGCUUGCAAGAAGAUGCCAAGUACAGCGAUGGGAGGCUCAUUAAUGACUCAUGGCUUCUGCAUUCUGUACUCAUGUUGGAACCUUCUGGAUUUGUAAAUGACGUAAGAAAAUUAGACCACACAAGACUGCCACUUAAUCGAAUAGUACUCAACUACUUAAGGAUAUUAGCCAAGCUAACGGUUAAUGCAUGCAACAAGCAGAUCAAAUAUGAGUAUGAAGACUCCUUGUACAGCCAAGAAACAGCUGCUGACAACGACGACGACGACAGUGAUAGCGAAAAUGAACCUAAUCCCACUUCAGUUAGGGAACAAAAUCUUUUGACAAAAUGUGUUGAGACGUUGAACGAGCCGGAUCGCUGUGUCAUGAAGACAUGUGCUCAAAUUGUGGAAACCGAUUUGAGCGAUGACUUUUUGGAUUAUUUGUCUCAGAUUUGCCAUAAUCUGUUGUUGAGCCAUCGAAUUGCGUUGCAUAAAUACAGGUUAUUAUAUACUCUAGCGUUUAAACCGCUGUUCCUCCGUGGUUUGUGGCAAUGGUUAACGGGUAUGACGCACGAGUCUUCGUUUGGUGGAACGAAUACUCCGUUGAUAUCAGCGCUAUCUCGCGGCAUGGGAAUGGAUACAUCAGCAAUAGGAGUGCAUAGGUUACUAGCACCGCUUGCUGUAUUCUGUGCAUUAUUCACACUGUUGAUUGGAACUUUGCAUGAUACGGAGUUCUUCAGGGAUACAGAGGGAGAUGAUAAAAUAUAUGUGCCAAAUACAUCUAAUUCUUCAUCAACUGGUCGUACGCAUGCCUUCGACUUUUCCGAGUUGAGCGGGCUCUGUCGGACGCUGAAGCAAGUAUGCCUUGGGCUUGUGGAGUUAGUGUAUCCCGAAUCACGGCCGUCUAUAGUUGGCCAGUACAAGGAUGCUGUUGGCACUACCACAGAUGUGUCUCAAAAGAAUUUAACACCUGCUUGGACACAUCUCUUUAAGGUAUGUACGCAACUCCUUCGUGCGCUUUACGCUCGGGAUAGCAGACUUCAGUUCACGGGGGGUGUGUCGUGGGCGUCGCCAGGUGCAGUGGGCGUACCCCCAGCUCCUGCAGAUGGUACGGCCGCGUCCUUGGCUGUCAGAGGACGACAUCGGCGUACAUAUCGGGCUCACCUCGCUCACCUUGCACCUACGGAGCAAGAGGAAGGGCCACCUUUAACAAUAAAGGAACUAAGGACAGUCACCAUAUUGAGGGAAAUACCGUUUGUCGUCCCGUUUUCAACUAGGGUACUCAUUUUUCAAGGCUUGCUACUCAGGGAGAAAACGGAUCAUUGGUAUGAAAUGACGAAUUUCAAUGAAGGGCCGUCGAUCAUCAUCAGCGUCAGACGGACUCACCUUUACGAAGACGCGUUUGAUAAACUAAGACCUGAAAAUGAACCGAAUUUAAAGCUAAAACUCCGAGUGCAAUUGAUAAACCAAGCUGGUGCUGAAGAACCGGGUGUUGACGGUGGUGGUCUGUUUAGGGAGUUUUUAUCUGAGUUAUUAAAGUCUGCCUUCGAUCCAAAUCGUGGUUUGUUUCGGCUAACAAAGGACAACAUGCUGUACCCAAAUCCUGGUGUUCAUUUAUUGUACGACGAUUUCCCUAUGCACUAUUACUUCAUUGGGCGAAUGUUGGGAAAGGCGUUGUACGAAAAUCUCUUAGUAGAAUUACCUCUAGCGGAGUUUUUCUUAGCCAAAUUGUGUUCGUCUCGUGAGCCGGAUGUACAUGCGCUUGCGUCGCUGGAUCCUGGUCUGUACAGAGGUCUGUUGCUGCUGAAAUCCCACCGCUGGGAGGACGUGCCUGAUUUGGGUCUGGACUUCACUAUUGUUAGUGAUGAGCUGGGUGAACAGAGGAUAGAAGAACUGAAACCGGGUGGCGCGAAUAUAGCAGUAACCGCCGAAAACAGAAUAGAAUACAUCCACCUUGUUGCAGACUACAAACUUAAUAGGCAAAUCCGCGCGCAAUGCAACGCGUUUAAAAGGGGCUUGAUGUCUGUGGUCAACUCCGAAUGGUUGCGAAUGUUCUCCUGUCGAGAGCUGCAGCUGCUAAUAUCUGGUGCUGAGGUCCCUAUUGACUUACACGACCUGAGGCGGCACACUCAAUAUGGAGGUGGGUUUUCCGAGACACACCCCACCAUCCAGCAAUUUUGGAAGGUCGUGGAGAAUUUCACGGACGACCAGCGGCGGCAACUCCUUAAAUUCGUCACCAGCUGCUCCAGACCACCAUUAUUAGGAUUUAAGGACUUGCAGCCUCCGUUCUGCAUACAGUCGGCUGGAUCUUCAGACCGUCUUCCUUCAUCAUCGACUUGUAUGAACCUCUUGAAGAUACCGGAGACGCCUUCGGAGGAAGUUCUCGCUGAGAAGCUGUUGUAUGCGAUACAAGCAGGCGCCGGCUUCGAAUUGAGCUAG